CAAGUAGAACGGAAUAUGCAUGGCCUCAUGUUGUCUCAGGUUUAAAAGAGACAGAGUUGUCAACCGUCUUGUCCAAUUUACACAGCAGACUUUCAACAAAUUCGGAACCAGAUUCUUACUCUACUCUGCUGAACAAUAAAAAUCAUCAUGGCUGCUCUUCUCAAAAACGUUGCCCUUAUUGGCGCCAGUGGUAGUGUAGGCAAAGUACUCCUAAAGGUCUUUCUCGACGAUGGAAGAUUCAAUGUUACAAUCCUUCGUCGGGGCAGUUCUAGCGCUACUUUCCCCAGCACCGUCAAGGUCGUCGACGUUGAUUACGACUCUCUCGAGUCUCUGACUGCUGCUCUCGCCGGCCAGGAUGCAGUUGUAUCUACCAUCAACCCAGCUAUUCCCAUCGACACACAAAAGAGAUUCGUCGAUGCUGCCAUCGCCGCCGGCGUCAAGCGCUUUCUUCCUUCGGAGUUUGGUUGUGACUUGAACAACGAACUUGCCAGGACGCUACCAGUCUUCGCACCAAAGAUCGAAGUCCAAAAUUAUCUAAAGGAAAAGGCUCAGACAACCCCACUCACAUACACCUUUGCAUACAGCGGCCCGUUUUUGGACUGGGGCCUCGAGCAUCAGUUCAUCCUCAAGACGGUCGACAGCAAGCCCAGUCUCUUUGAUGGUGGCAACACCGUCUUCAGCACCACGAACCUGAGCACCGUGGCCGAAGCUGUGCUUGCCAUUCUAUCCAAGCCUGAGGAGACCAAAAACCGCGAAGUCCGGUUUCAGAGCGCGGCUAUUUCUCAGAACGGGCUCCUCGCGCUGGCCAAGGAGGUUGCGCCUCAACGAGAUUGGCAGCCCGAGGUGGUCAAGGUAGACGACCUGGUUCGUGUUGCGGACGAGAGGCUGGCAAAGGGGCUGUUUGACCAUCAGACUUUCGCACCCUACCUUUUCCGUGCCAUUCAUGAUCCGCGGUACGGCCCGAAGUUUGAGACUCUGGACAACGAAUUGCUGGGAUUGAAGCAACUGACGGAGGCGGAAAUUAAGGGCAUUCUCAAGCAAUAUUUGAAGGAGUAGAUAUAUUAAUCGUGCUGAAUAGGCGAGGUUUGUAUUGUAAUGGACUUUAUAGAAUAGACAAGGAUACAAC